ACAAAAUGGAGUUUGACAACAUUAACGGCGCACGACGCAUCAUUAAAGUGUUACAAUACAUGGGACUCUGGCGUUUCGAUGCGCCAUGGCAAACGUACUACAUCGCAUAUUCCUAUAUUUUACACUUCACAUUAACCUUUCCGUACACGGUGAUGAUGUGGGUGGACGUAUUGCAGGCUUCCGACUUGGAAAAGUUCUCCUACAUCAUGUACAUGUCACUAACAGAGCUUGCAUUGUUGGCUAAGAUCGUCAAUGUUUGGAUAAAUUCGAAAAUAUUUGUGCAUUUCUUUCACAUACUGGCCAAUGAUGCGGUAUACAAACUGCGUUCGGAAGAGGAACGCACAUUUUGGUCCACGGUACACAAAUAUUAUCGUUUCAUUGCUUUUAUGUAUUUUGCAAUGAGCAUUACGCUCAUGACGAGCGCCUUUGUUGGUGUACUCUUUUCGGCGGCAUACGAAUUGCCGUUUCCUUAUGCGCCGCCAUUCGAGUGGCGUAAUGAGCGCGGCUAUUGGUAUGCAUACUUUUAUGAGUUGGUGGCCAUGCCGGUGACAUGUUUUUCCAAUUGUGGACUCGAUAUGAUCCAGUGCUAUAUGCUUUUACAUCUGUCGUUGUGUUAUCAAAUGAUUGGAGGUCGCUUGCAGGAAAUGGGAAAGUGGAACGGACAGUCAGGUCGCUUAAGCGGGUUCAAUGGGGUGCGAUUCUUGGAUGAAUUUGUCAGCAUAACCAAAUUACAUGGCAUAACAAAGAAGCUUUCAGAGGACUGCGAAACAUUUGUUUCCUUUCCAAUUCUUAUACAAAUAAUGUGCUCCUCAUUUGUACUCUGUUUUAGUGCCUACCGAUUGCAGCAGGUCAGCAUUUCCGAGAACCCCUCACAAUUUUGCACAUUAAUUUUGGCGGUGAUUGUUAUGACCUUACAAAUUUUCGUACCCUGCUAUUGUGGUAACGAAAUUAUAUUGAGUUCUGGUGCUCUCAACAAUGCUAUUUACAAUGCCGAUUGGAUACAGUGUUCACCAAAAAUGCGUAAAUAUUUGAUAAUUUAUAUGGAAAUGCUGCAGGUGCCGGUCAAAGUGCGGGCAGGGAAUUUUUUCGAAAUUGGAUUGCCGGUUUUUGUGAAGACAAUGAAUAAUACGUAUAGCCUAAUGGCAUUGCUGCUUAAUAUGAAUAAAUAAAAUGUGAGGGCAAUGAUGGGAUUGCAAUUGCUUAAAGAAAAGUGUUGAAGACCGAUUUAUGGCACUGAGAUUGUUCUCAACUUAAAUAAAAUUUUUGUUUUAACUAAAACGCGAUUAGCACGAAUUGCGAAUAUUGUUGUCAAACAAAUCCACACACACUAUAUAAAUUAUUGCCACGCGAAAGCCUUAUUUAUGUUGUUUCAAACCAAACACUUCCACACAUUUAAUUAGCUUUUACUUAUGUAAGAGACAAAGAGAGUUUACGAAAAAAAAAAAACACACACGCACACCACUUGAGAGCAUUGAAACUGAGUAGAUAGUGCGGAAGCAUUAGCAGUUUACCAAAAAUAGAGAACAUAUACCCAAAAAUAAUAAAAAAAACAUAGAAAACACGCAGAAGUAUGAUAAAAAAAAUAUUUUUUUAUAUUGAAAAAAAAAAAACAAGUAAAUCUGCUAAAUCAAUGAAAGCAACCAAGUGACUGUAUGAAGUCAUCAGCUAUUUAGUACUAGCAAUGAAAAAUUAUUGUUGGACAAACAAAAGAACUGC